CAACGUAGCGCCGCGUCCGCUCAUUCAUCGCGCGUUUCUCGCGGACGGUGUCUUCCCCGUGUUCUCGUCCUCGUAGUCAUCACCGUCACCUCCGUCGUCGCGGUCCUCGUCGCAGUGAGAGAAGACGCUCCGAGCUCCGACUCCCCCGAGAACAGAGAGGAGAAGGGACCGUUCCGAGAGAGGCGAUCGCUCACCAACAUGAGCUCCAUCGGCGGAUUCUGUUUAGCGGCGCUCUGCCUCGUCGCGGCCUGCCUGGCCGCGGUCGAGGUCGACGACGGCGUCUACGUGCUCAAGCAGGACAACUUCGACGGCUUCAUCGCGGAGAACGACUACGUGCUCCUCGAGUUCUAUGCGCCGUGGUGUGGACAUUGCAAAGCCUUGGCGCCUGAGUAUGUCAAAGCGGCGAAGAAACUGGAGGAGGCCAAGUCUGCGAUCAAAUUGGUCAAGAUAGAUGCGACCGUGGAAACUCAACUUGCCGAGAAGCAUGGAGUCAGGGGAUAUCCCACUCUCAAGCUCUAUCGCCAAGGUGUCGCGAUCGAUUAUACCGGUGGCCGUCAGGCUGACGAUAUCGUCAACUGGCUGCUCAAGAAGACUGGCCCAGCCGCCCAGGAGCUGCAAACGGUCGAUGAUGCGAAGGCGUUCAUCGAGGCACACAAUUUCGUUAUUGUUGGUUUCUUCAAGGAAGCCUCGAGUCCUGCGGCCACGGCAUACGUGAAAGUUGCCAAUGCGGCGGAUGAUCACAUGUUCGCUAUUACAAGUAGCGAUGAGGUGUUCAACGAGUACGGAAUCGAGGGGGAUGGGAAAAUCGUGGUGUUUAAGAAGUUCGACGAAGACAAAGUCGUUUAUCCUGAAGAGUUUACUGGUAAAGACGAUCCGCUUGAAGCAAAGAAUCUGCAGAAAUUCAUCGCCACGCACUCGUUGCCCCUGGUUGUUGAAUUUAAUCAAGACACGGCGCAGAAGAUCUUCAGCGGCGAAAUCAAGAGUCAUCUGUUAGUGUUCCUCAGCAAAGCGGCUGGUCACUUGACGAAAUACGUCGACGUGCUCAAAGAGCCGGCGAAGAAAUACCGCGGCCAGGUUUUGUUCGUGACGAUCGACUGUGACGAGACUGAUCACGAGCGCAUCUUGGAGUUCUUCGGUUUGAAGAAAGAUGACGUUCCCUCCAUGCGAAUUAUCAAGCUUGAGGAGGACAUGGCCAAGUACAAACCCGAGAAUCGGGAGAUUUCUGCCGAGAACGUGCAGGAGUUCGUCGCGGCUUUCACGGAUGGCAAAUUGAAGCGCCAUCUGCUCACGCAGGACCUACCCGAGGAUUGGGACAAGACCCCGGUGACGGUCCUCGUCGGCACGAAUUUCCACGAGAUUGCUUACGACAAGGAGAAGGAUGUUCUCGUUGAAUUCUACGCGCCUUGGUGCGGCCAUUGUCAGCAGCUCGCGCCCAUUUACGAGAAGCUUGGUGAGAAGUACAAGGACAACGAUAAGUUGGUCAUCGCGAAAAUGGAUGCGACUGCUAACGAGCUGGAGGACGUAAAGAUCACCAGCUUCCCGACCCUCACUCUCUACAAGAAGAACACGAACGAGGCUGUGGAAUAUAACGGCGAAAGGACGCUCGACGGUCUUUCCAAGUUUAUCGAAACCGGUGGACAAUACGGUGAAGCCCCAGAGGAGGCUCAAGAAGAGGACGAAGACGACGACGUGCCAAGGAAGGAUGAGUUGUAAACGCACAUAAUCAUUAAUUAAGAAGUAAAAUCAACAUUGACUCGUCUCUUGUAUUUCCCGCAUCCAGUCAAUGAGCUCCAUAAAUUCCCGCUUUACAGAAAUACUUCAUUUAUACAAAGAUAAUUCAAUGGUGCAUCCUCACAUAGACAUACGCAACACACACACACACACACACACAAUUGUUACUUUAGACGUUAAGUUUUACGUGAAUGUCGCAGUGUACAAUUUACAAUUAAGAGUUACGUCGGCAAUUUUGUAAGGAUCUAGGGUUAUUGUCGCGAUCGAUAUCAAAUGGCGCAUUCUUGUGAUAUAUAUAUUGUUAUUUCUUGGUAGUAACUGGUAGCUACGGCAUUGUGCAAACAGGAAAUCAUGAAAUUCUGCAGUACACUUGGGAACGUUUUAAUUCGCGCGUCAUAGCGAUAUCGAUAAAAUAUAAAUCGAAAGGACAGGAUCUGUACACCCUAUACGAUUACGUCGUUCGUGUCCCAUACGUCUUUGUGGACUGCGUGACUUUGUGCCCUCUGAAAACUGCGGCGUUUAUGUAGUUCUCGCGCCUUUAUCUUUCCACGUUGAAAAAUAAAAACAAACAAAACGGGGGAGCGAAUCAUUAAUGCAAGAACGUCUUAAAGUCACGAAUCACUUUUUAUUUUUGUAAAUGCUCUUAUUUUUUUUAUUAUUGAUACGAUAAUACUUGAACGGUUUCAUCGCGCUUCGCAGCGCGCGCAGGCGAAAGCAAGUCUUCGAGAAUUCUGCGAGGGCUAGUGGUUUACAAAUACAUUUCCAAUUUGCAGCAUUUAAAACUCACAGCGAGUGAUCGAUUUAGAUAUACAUAUUUAGGAUAGGCAGCCGUUUCAAUGUUGUCCUAGUUUUUAUUCGACUGAAAUUCUAGGAAACUCAAUGUGGCGCAUAUUGCGAGAGGAAAA